AUGUCCAGCCAGCCCGCAACCGAAGCGCAAACCUUUGCGACCCUCGACCUCGAUGCAGAAGCUCAACUUAUGCACGCAGAUAGCGUCGACCUUAAUGCGUUCCAACUAGAUGGAACUCCCAACGGCAGCCUACACGAUGAUGCGCCCUCGCAAAGCGUCAUGGAUGCCUCGCACUUUGGCGACUUUCAGUUUCCCUUCCAGCCGAUCAACGAUGACAACACAAUCGUUGCCAUGACUGACGCCUCUCCCGCAGUCGACGUCUUCCCUCCGCCGCAGCAUCGCCCGUCGAUUUCCUCGAUCCCAGCCGACCGAAGGGGCUCCAUCGCCUCCGCCGCCGGGCAAGCACCCAGCUACACUGGCAACAGGGCUUCCCAGAGGAGACCCAGCCAGGUCACAUCCGAGGACGGCAGCCCAGAUAGUAACGGCAACGGGCUGCUGCUGGAGGAUCCAGGCGCAGACGAAUUUGGGCUGAUAUCCAGCGGUACCGGGGACGCAUCCGGGGCAGGCAAAUUCAAGGACGACAAGGGAGAAACAAUGCCGGCCUGGAGCGAGCUGAAAACCAAGGCCGGCAAGGAGCGGAAGCGAUUGCCCUUGGCGUGCAUUGCAUGCAGGCGCAAGAAGAUACGCUGCUCUGGAGAGAAACCCGCCUGUAAACACUGUCUCCGAUCUCGGAUCCCGUGCGUGUAUAAAGUGACGGCCCGGAAAGCCGCGCCAAGGACCGACUACAUGGCCAUGCUCGACAAGCGUCUGAAGCGUAUGGAGGAGCGAAUCAUCAAGACGGUGCCCAAGUCUGAACAAGACGGCAUCGCAGCGACGGUGAUGAGAUCAGUCUUGAAGCCAGCGAUCCCGGGGACCCAGAACGCAUCCAAGGCCGCCGCCAAGAAGCGUGGGGCGGACGAGGCAUUUGGCCCCGAGUUGGACAACUGGGCGAGAUCUUCAACCAAAAGCAAGACUGAUCCCUCGGGCCGGCCUGCGACGCUUUUGAUCCACGAGGCCGAAGAGAACAAGCUGCUGCAGGAGGGCGCCGAUGCGCUGCCAUCCAGGGAAAUACAGGAACACCUGGCUGAGGUUUUCUUUGACGACAUUUACGGCCAAGCCUAUCACCUGCUGCACAGGCCGAGUUACAUGAGGAAACUGAGAGCUGGAACUCUGCCACCAGUGCUCAUCCUGUCCGUGUGUGCAGUCUCGGCGCGAUUUUCGACACACCCGAAGCUGAACACAAACCCAAACUUCUUACGCGGCGAAGAAUGGGCGUCUCAUGCACGAGACAUCGUCAUGAGGAGAUAUGAGUGGCCAAACAUCACCAUUCUCACCUGUCUACUUAUCCUCGGGCUUCACGAAUUUGGCACCUGCCAUGGUGGCCGGAGUUGGGCCCUUGGAGGCCAGGCCAUUCGUAUGGCUUUUGCACUCCAAUUGCACAAAGACCUUGAAUAUGAUCCCCACUCGGGCAGGGCUCAGCUCAGCUUCAUCGACCGCGAAAUUCGGAGGAGGACGAUGUGGGCAUGUUUCUUGAUGGACCGCUUCAACUCGUCUGGCACCGAAAGACCAACGUUUAUAAGGGAAGAAACGGUCAAAAUACCACUACCGGUAAAAGAAAAAUACUUCCAGCUGGAUAUUCCCGGUGCAACGGAGGACCUCAACGGCCCUACGCUCAACCCUAUGGAUAUGGACGGAGAUCAAGCCUCUCGGUCAAAGGAGAACAUGGGUGUUGCGGCGUACAUGGUCCGGUCCAUUGCCAUCUGGGGCCGCAUCAUCAACUAUCUGAACCAAGGAGGGAAGGAGUUGGACCCCCAUCCAAUGUGGAGCCCAGACGCCGAAUACGCUAAGCUGAUCAAGCAGUCUGAAGAUCUGCCAGCAAGCCUUCCUGAUUCGCUACAGUACAGCAGGGAGAAUCUGAAACUCCAUGACACCGAAGGCAUGGCAAACCAGUUUCUGUUCCUUCACAUCUCGAUCCAGCAGAACAUAUUGUUCAUGAACAGGUUUGCAGUGUCAUCUCCAGGUAGCAUAACCCAGCAGGAUAUACCCAAAUCAUUUGUCACCAAGGCUGGUGCCAAGGCAUUCGCGGCCGCCAACCGCAUGUCGGAACUCCUCAAGGAUGCAGAGCCGUAUCUCGUAUCUGCCCCGUUUGUGGGAUACUGCACCUUCCUCUCCAGUACCGUGCACAUCUUUGGGAUAUUCUCAGGCAACCCUGCCAUCGAGUCGACGUCAAAGCGGAAUCUUGCGACAAACGUGAGGUUCCUGUCAAAGAUGAAGCGUUUCUGGGGCAUGUUCCACUUUAUGACAGAGAACCUCCGCGAACAGUAUCGCGCCUGUGCAGAUGCUGCUCGGCAGGGCAACCCAGCAAACGAGAAUAGCCCUCAAAUAUUCCAGUACGGAGACUGGUUCGACAGAUAUCCCCACGGUGUAUCUCAGUCGGACUUUUUGGACCCGGUGAAAUACGGGGCCAAGGAAAAGGGCAACGAUGCGGUUCUGGAACAGAAGCCAGAGCUGGCCACGGUUGAGGAGUUCAUGACCAAGAUGUCACCGCGGAGCGCUGAGGGCGUUGUCAACAACGGCCAAGGCGGAAAACCCCAAUCAGCAAAGAGAAAAUCCAUCGCCAAAGGUGCUAGUACCACUUCGCGGUCGGACCACCAGCCAGAUCCUAUCAUGACAGAUAUCAACAAGCAUGGUGCCAUUGAGCAACAGGCACAACAGCAACAGCCCCAACAUGGCACCAACAGGCGGAGAUUCUCCGGCACCAUGGGAGGACAGACAAAUGCGCCGAGCUUCAGCCCGCUCGCGAUACCCCAGUCGGCGAACCAGGCGCCGUAUCAUACUCUGUCACCGAUCAGCCCAGUCGCGAUGAGUGCCUUUCCCCAUCAUACCCACCACCACCACCAUCAGAAUCCACAGUUUUACUCGCCGGAGCUGCUAUCAUUAUCCCUGUCCCAGCAGACAACUGCAGGCAUUUUACCACAGCUCGACCGCCAGCUGGUAUUUGGCGCAUACGGCAGUCUGGACCCCGCCAUAACAAGCCAGAUGAUGGAUGGCGGUGGCAUCUGGGACGGCAUGAGCGGUCAACGACACGGUGACGGCGGACGACGCCCCCAUGGUUCGACGGCCGAGGCCCUGCACGCGGCCGUUGUGGGUCACACACUUAACCACAAUAACCACCAAGGCCACCACGGUCACGAAGGCGCCUCGUCGGCAUGGUUCAUGCCCUUCAACAUGGAGCCUCCUGAAAUCGGUCACGAUCUGACCAGUCUCGAUGGACUUGGUGCAAUGUUUGGCGGGGCCAUGACGACACAGGGCGGGAUGGCCGGCGGCGGCGGCGGCGGUGGAGGCAACCCAAACCACAACGGCCACUAG